GAACACGCUAAGAAAGCUCACAAUUCCGACCAAACCAAAACUUGGAAGUAAGCUUUUAAGACGAAAACAGAAAGCGAAGAAACUUGAAAACGACGACGUAGUGAGAAAAAAAAAAACCAUGUCUUACGAUUAUCUUUUCAAGUACAUCAUCAUCGGUGACACUGGCGUGGGAAAAUCAUGUUUGCUCUUGCAGUUUACUGACAAGAGAUUCCAACCGGUUCAUGAUCUAACCAUCGGUGUUGAAUUCGGUGCUCGGAUGGUCACCAUUGAUGGCAGACCCAUCAAGCUUCAAAUCUGGGAUACUGCUGGGCAAGAAUCCUUCAGGUCCAUCACCAGAUCUUACUAUAGAGGAGCAGCCGGAGCUCUUCUGGUCUACGAUAUAACCAGGAGAGAGACAUUUAAUCAUCUAGCGAGCUGGUUGGAAGAUGCUCGUCAGCAUGCAAAUCCCAACAUGACAAUCAUGCUAAUCGGAAACAAGUGCGAUCUUUCUCACCGGAGAGCUGUUAGCAAAGAAGAGGGCGAACAGUUUGCAAAGGAAAAUGGGCUUUUAUUCUUGGAAGCAUCUGCGAGAACAGCUCAAAAUGUCGAGGAGGCCUUCGUAAAGACUGCCGCAAAGAUCCUUCAGAACAUUCAGGAAGGAGUCUUCGAUGCAUCCAAUGAGUCAUCUGGCAUCAAGAUCGGCUAUGGGCGUGCCCAAGGUCCAUCAGGUGCAAGAGAUGGAGCCGUUGCACAGAGUGGUGGUUGUUGUGGUUAAUACGAACUGAAACAAUCUGUUGCAUGUAUCUGAUCCACAUUUCCAGUUUAUCUCUACAUGAUCUCAUUGCUUUGAUGAAUCUCUCUCCUUGAAGGUGUUGUCGAACUCGGUAAGGACACUGAAUGUAUAGAACUAUGUCUUUCAUUUGUACUGAACUAGGAACUCAAUUGUUCACCUCGUUUCGAUUCUAUUCGACUCACUGCACUGUAAAAUAUAAACCAAUGUCAUCCCAUUUUACCUUCUACA